GGCAGGCAGAAAAGAAGCAACCCCACCCACAGUUUUUACGGUCCUCUCGUGUUUUGAAUUAUUGGACAACCCCUCCAGUUAUCUAUUAUCAUACAAUAUCAAAACAGGGAAACCCCCGCGCGCUCCCCAGAAACUUGGAGUCAUGAUUCUCCUUUAAAUUUCCUCCUUGUCUGGAUCUGCCACUACCAUCAGCAGCAGCACCGCUGCUUCUUGAUGUUGUGGUCGGGAAUACGCAUGCGCCUGCUAUUGGAAUUACUGCACUGGCAGAAUAAGUUAGUCUUCGUCUGCCUUUCACUAGAAGAAUAAAACAGCAUUAUAAUAUAAGAAUGGUUGUGUCGAUAGCGAGAAGAAUGAGGACAGUUUACACCUGCUUUUUCCUCGUCAUACUAUCUGUGUUCCGCGCUCAAAGUUUGACUGCCCAUGACCCUAGCAACAUGCCUCUGGUCAAAGACACAGUGGACAGACUGUUAAAAGGUUAUGAUAUACGACUAAGACCUGAUUUCGGAGGUCCUCCGGUUCGAGUGGGGAUGAAUAUAGACAUAGCCAGCAUUGACAUGGUAUCAGAAGUCAAUAUGGAUUACACAUUGACCAUGUACUUCCAGCAGGCCUGGCGAGACAAGCGGCUGUCCUACUCUGAGAUCCCCCUCAACCUGACCUUAGAUAACCGGGUGGCCGACGCGCUCUGGGUGCCCGACACCUACUUCCUCAAUGACAAGAAAUCAUUUGUCCACGGUGUCACAGUAAAAAACAGAAUGAUCCGUCUGCACCCAGAUGGUACCGUGUUGUAUGGUCUGAGGAUAACUACCACAGCUGCGUGCAUGAUGGACCUGAGAAGAUACCCACUAGAUGAGCAAAACUGCACACUGGAAAUAGAGAGUUACGGUUAUACUACAGAUGACAUCGAAUUCUACUGGCGAGGUGGAGACGGCGCGGUGACAGGAGUGGACAGGAUUGAGCUGCCGCAGUUUUCCAUUGUGGAUUAUGGGCUCAUCUCCAAGAACGUUGUCUUCUCCACGGGUUCUUAUCCUCGUCUGUCCUUGAGUUUUAAGCUAAAAAGAAACAUUGGGUACUUCAUCCUGCAAACAUACAUGCCUUCUACCCUCAUCACCAUCCUCUCCUGGGUCUCCUUCUGGAUCAACUAUGAUGCCUCUGCUGCCAGAGUGGCUUUAGGUAUUACAACGGUGCUCACCAUGACAACCAUUAACACCCACUUGAGAGAAACACUUCCCAAAAUCCCCUACGUGAAGGCCAUAGACGUUUACCUGAUGGGCUGCUUCGUCUUCGUCUUCCUGGCUCUGCUGGAGUACGCGCUGGUGAAUUAUAUCUUCUUUGGCCGGGGCCCGCAGCGUCAGAAAAGGGCAGCUGAGAAAACAGCUUUAGCCAACAAUGAAAAGAUGAGGAUGGAUCCAAACAAGUGGUUGGUGGGAAAUGUAGUUGGAAGAGAUGAUACUCUUUAUGCAAGAAUGAAACAACGAGAUUUAGAUGGCCAUGACUCAAUCUGGGAGCCGAUCUUUAUGGAUGAUGCAGGUAUUGGACUUGGCGAUCAAAAGAAUAAGAUGGAGCCGCAUGAAAACAUCCUCUUGGGCACCCUGGACAUCAAGAACGACAUGGGCGUUACAGAGCUCGCUCUGGGUCUCAAUGACCCACGAAACACCAUGUUAACAUACGACAGCUCUACACUACAGUAUCGCAAAGCCGGGCUGGCGAGGCACAACUUUGGGCGAAAUACACUGGAGCGCCACAUGACUCAAAAGAAGAGCCGACUACGGAGACGGGCCUCGCAGCUAAAAAUCAAUAUCCCAGAUCUGACUGAUGUAAACUCUAUUGACAAAUGGUCAAGAGUUAUGUUCCCAAUGGUUUUUUCCUUCUUCAACAUUAUUUACUGGCUUUAUUAUGUCAAUUAAAAUACAAAAAGGACAUAAAAUGAGGGCAAGAAGAAGCAGCAGAAUGCGUUGCUCAUUUCGUUGUAUCUGGUUUGUUUCAUAUUUAUGUGAUCUUAUGAUACUAAACUGCAUUACUGUGUUCAGAACUGGAUCGAUAAUAUCUUGGAAUAAAACAUUUGCUGGUUAACACAUGAAAACCUUAUAGAAUAGCGAUUAUACACAUAUAAGGUGCCUGUUCCUGAACAAUGUUAACAUUUUACGUCAUUUAUGAAUUGUGUAUUCUGGCUUUAUUUUUUUACAUAUGCUUCCUUUUUUUUAAGUUAGUCACAUAAAACAUGAAUUAUUUCUAUAAAUCAGUAUCGGUUAUAUGCGAAUUAAUAAGUUAACAUUGUCCUGAAAGGUUAUUUAGUUUUACUGAUACAUUAAAUAAAGAGAAAAAAAUCAGGUAAACAGGGUUUUAUAAUAUUAAUCAUGUAAAAAAACAACAACAUAAAGCCGCUUUUAAUCUAACAGUUUUGUGCUAAUAAUGUAAAAAGAAAAAAGUAAGAUAUGACAGCCUGAAAUUUCUAAUUUAUUGGAUUAUGAUAGACGAAAGAAUUUUCAGACUUUCAGAUUUUGAUCUGUUGUAUAAAAGAGCCAUUAUAAAGUUUUUUCAUAGGCAUUAUUGACUUUCUCAACCAUUGCAGUAUGAUGGCAUUUUCUAGCAAUUAUUACUCUAAAGCUUACAGGGAUUAAUCCAGAAACCAGACAAGUUUGUUGGACCUUAAGAGGAAAAAAACUAAACAAAAAAACAACUAAUUUCAAAGGGCAUUAUUGUUCACUAUUAUAUAUAUA